UUGAUAUGAUAUACCUCACUUUUUUGGUCUUCACUCGUUCUUUUUUGUAUACGAGUGUGCGACUAUUGUGUUUCAGCAGCAAAGACAAUGAAACAAUAAAGAUUUAAGAUGGUUUUGUUCUGUUAAUCCUUCACUGAUUACUUUUCCAUGAUCCUACAAUUGCAGAGUCAGUAUAUAACGGAGCUAAAAGGUGGGAACCCUACCCUACUGCGAAGCUGGCUGCGAGCAUCAAUCAAACUCUCCGACAUGUGAAGUACUUUCUGAUGUAAGCAAAUCUUACACCAUUGAUAUAUCCUACCUCACGUCCAGCGAUUUCUUCAGCUUCAUCAAGUAGAAGAAACUCUGGAAAAAUUCCACAAGCGCAACUGCCAUCAAGUAAGCAUCCAUCAGAUACUGGACGCUUGAACUGGGGUUGUUCACCCGUCAUUGCCUCCCAGUAGUUACCUCAAGGUAACGUUCCCUGUGUACUGAGUUCUGCUGGUGCACAUCAUGACAUGACGGAUGAUGAUACACCUGAGAUACUCGGGGAAACUUCUUACCCUUCCAAGGUUGUAAAGGUUAGCUCACCAAACAAGAGACGUGUCUCACCUCCACAAUCCCGAUCCAGGUUAAGGUCAAGCUCUCCUACAGGCUUGACAAGUGGCCGCAAAUUCAUUUUGCACGCUGUGCCUUCUUUCCCUCCUCUUACCCCGUACCACACUUCUAAAGAAGGCACCAGUGAAAUUGGGAAUGAUGAUGGAGCUACCAACAAGAACAAUUGGUACGAGGCCCGAUUCGGACGAUUUUCAGAGCUGGUUAUGGACAAUCUGCUUACAGCUUACAGCAUUGUCCAGAAUAAUUGGACAAAGCUACUGAUCGGCUUCCAACUUCCACAAAUUCGUCCAAAGACUACCUCUGUAUUGCCAGAAGUUUGGUCAGCCUUGUUCUAAAAGGCAGAGCUAUUUCUUGAUGCCAUUGCAAAGCUCGGUCAUAUCGUUGUAUCAAAAAACAAGCAGUGAUUACUUGAGUGCAAACUUGCAAUUA